CAUGAUUACCACUCCACAGAUAAACAAGGGACACAUCUCAGGCACUGACUCUGGAUGGAGGAUGGCAGCGAAUACAUCAACCCCUGCAGAGACCCGGGCUAAACCCACACUCACCAAGAAGCAGCUUAAAAUACAGGAGAAAAGCUGUGCUUCCAGCUCGGUACCAUGGAAUAAACCCAACCUCAGUGAAUUCCAGGAUUUAGAAGACCCAUCACACAGCGCUCCGGUUCGUAGUGGUCCCCCUGCAACGAAGCCCAAUCUAAAGUCAAUGCAGACUCUGGAAGAGUGCGUACAACUUCUCCAUGAACUGGCAGAGGAGGUCAAGAACAUCAAAUACCAGGUGAAGCGUGGCAGUAAGAAGGCUGCACCAGAGGGGAGCACCAAAGAGCCGGGCAGCCUGGAGACCAGCAGGACUCGGAUCCUCCAGUGGGCCAAGGAGCUGGAACUAAUCAUGGUACAAAAGGAAACCAAGCCAACAGAUGAGAAAAAGACAAGAAGAAGACGAGAUGAUCCAAUAAAGAAAGAGAAAACAGAGCUGGAAAAACACAAUAAGAAGCUUCAGCAGUGGGCAGUGGAGCUGAGGGAUAUCACACAGGCUAACGACGUGUCUGAUGAGGACCUGAAGAAGCUGCUGUAUCCCGGAGGUCCGAAGGGAUCGAGGAUCGCCGCCAUCCUUCCUCUGCUGGAGUUCGUGGCUUGGUCCCUGUUAUCAGAGGAUACUGAGGAGGCUUUAUCGAGGCUGUGGCUGCCGAACAAACAGAAGGCCUGGAGGACAGGAACCGGAAGCCCCAGAUACAUCCCGAACACAGUGUGGGAGUGGAUCCAGACUGCCUCAGUGUGUGUCCGGUUUGAUGUCAGCACCAGGCAUCCCUGGCUGCCUGUGUCCUCAGACCGCCUGCAGGUCCAGGGUGCAGCGGCGACGGAGCGCUCUGCUGCUCUCUCAGACAGCCAGCGUUCACCUGAGUGGCCCUGUGUGCUGGGUGACACCGUCAUCACUGCAGGGAGACACUACUGGGAGGUGGAGGUGUCCCCGGAGGGUAGCUGGAGAAUAGGUGUGAUGUCAGAGUCCGCUCCCAGGAAAAGGUCCGCCAUGUCACCCAGGAGAGGCUACUGGGCCCUGUGGAAGAGCUCCGCCAGUUUGCGGGCCUGCACCGAGGAGCCCGUCAAGCUGCAGACGGCGACAGUGCCCCGACUGAUCGGGGUGUAUGUGGAUGUCGAGGAGGGUCAGGUGUCCUUUUACGACGUUGAUCGAAGGGUGCACAUUUAUACUUUCUCUGAUACCUUCAAACACAGUCUGAUUCCCGUGUUUGGCUUCCUGGGCGGAGAAACGGUCCUCAAAAUCAUACCAGCACAGGUGUAGAAGAGCAUGUAAGAUUACAUGAAAGCUGUCACUGGUGAUGAGGAUGAUAUGUUUUCUUCAAUCAUAUAGCCUCCUUUAAGAUUCUGCUUUAAGGAAAGUGUCCUAUAAAUCAGUGUCCUAUAAAUCAGUCAUUUCCAAAGACUGGGGCGGGACCCCCAGGUGGGUCGCAGGAGGUUUUAUUAGGGUCGGCAAAUACAGUCUUUUAUCUAAGAUUUAUAUCUGCAGUACACCUUUAAGCCACAUGAGGGAGCCUGAUUGUUUGCAUUGUUCUGAUAAGUGUAGCCUUCUGAUAACGCUGAAUAAUAUGAAAGGCUAAAAGUACACUGUUUUUUUUACUGAUGAGUAACUCUUCCUAAAUUAAUUUAUUUGGUCUCAUUGUAUAUGUUGUCAAUAGCACGUGCAUAAAACGAUGUUGUGAUAUAUCAAACCUCCUCUAUAUCUCUUCGAAAUGGCUGGUUUACCUAUUCAAGAUAAUAUGAGGUGAUGUGGAAAUGGCUUUAAUGAUCAGGAAUGUUCAAUUAUAAGGCCUAAAAAGUGAAAAACAGUUUGGGAAACACUACUAUUAAUGACACAAAUGACAUGUUGAUCGUAUAAUAAGAAUAUGGAUUACCUCACAACUUUAAACGUU